UUAAAAAAAUUUAAUCAAACUAUUUAGAUUUUCAUAAAAAUAAAUUAAUUAAUUGUUAGCAAGAUAGAUAAUCAUUAUUAAAAUAAAUGGCUGUUUCUUUAAACAUAGAUAAGUGGAUAGAAUAAUUGAGAAAAUGUGAAAGGAUAAAAGAGCAAGAAGUUAAGGAACUUUGCAACAAGGCAAAAGAAAUUUUAAAUUUGGAAGAAAAUUUGGUUUAAGUUGAAGCUCCUGUUACAAUUUGUGGUGAUAUUCAUGGAUAAUUUUGGGAUUUAUUAGAGUUAUUUAAAGUAGGUGGUGAAUGUCCAUAAGUAAAUUAUCUUUUUUUAGGUGAUUAUGUAGAUAGAGGUUAUCAUUCUGUAGAAACAUAUUUAUUGCUAUUGGCUUUUAAAGUCAAAUAUCCUGAGAGAAUUAUUUUAAUUAGAGGAAAUCAUGAAUCUAGAAGAGCAAAUAAAAGCUAUGGUUUUUAUGAUGAAUGUAUAACUAAAUAUGGUUCGAUAAACGUCUGGCAAUCUUGCACUGAAACUUUUGAUUGCCUUCCAAUAGCUGCCUUAAUUGAUAAUAAAUUUUUUUGUGUUCAUGGAGGCCUUUCGCCGUAACUGAGAGUGUUAAGUGAUAUUUCAAAGAUUGAAAGAAAAAUUGAAAUUCCUGAUGAUGGUUUAAUGUCUGAUUUGAUGUGGUCAGAUCCUGAUAAAAUGAAAGGAUGGUAAAUUAGUCCUAGAGGAGCAGGCUAUUUAUUUGGAUAAAAUAUCGUUGAAGAUUUUUGUAGAAGAAAUAACAUUGAAGCAAUAUUAAGAGCCCAUUAACUUGUUUUAGAUGGCUAUAUUUCAUUCUUCGAAGAAAAACUUUUUACUAUUUGGUCUGCCCCAAAUUACUGUUAUAGAUAAGGAAAUCUUGCUUCUAUUUUAGAAAUAGAUGAAAAUUCAUAAAAGUAGUUUAAAGUAUUUGAAGCAGCACCAACAGACAAUAGAAGCGAGAGGAAUUAAAAAUAUAAUAUUACUCAAUACUUCUUAUGACAAAACUAUAUAUUGUCAUUUAUUUUUUGAUUAAAAAUAAUGUUAUCUAACUUAAUAAAUAAAUAAACAUAUAUACAUACCCCUAUCACCUAGCGAAGAUAAGGAGAUAAAAGUAGAAAUAAAAUUACUAAAUUUUAAAUAUAAAAUAGUUUAUUUGAAUUAUUAUUAUUUAUUUUUUAUUAAAUAAAAUGUUUUUUUACAUCUUUUUCAAAUUAAAAAUAAA